ACUUAUAUUACAAGAGUUAACUUUUCGUGCAUUGAAAAUCGAAAGAGGAAGAGUAAAUUGGAAUUUUUCCAAAUCACCCUUGGAAGUAUUUGUUUACCGUCAGUCAAAACAUAUCAGAAAAAUUGAUACAUUUCAAUUAAAAAAUGUUUCAGUCACCUGAAUAUUGCAAAACUUUGUCACUGAAAUUAUCUGAGGUAUUAGAGGAUGUUGGUGUUAAUGAGAAAAUGGUGUUGAAAAGAAGAAGAACAUGUAUGCUAAAUGAGAGUUUAACAACGAUUUCAUUCAGAUCAAUUGGUAAAAAAGUAACUGAUUAUAUUCUUGGGAGUCAGUCUGAAGGUACCACUACUAUAGGACUUGAUUCAGAUGUUGACAGGGUGAUUGUAGAUUAUGAUUAUAAUGUGAUACAAGACUGGGCAGAGUGGAAACAAAAUAAGAGAAACCUUCUUCUGAUACAGGAUGAGAAUGUUACACCAGGAUAUUGUUUUUUACAACUACUUCGAUCUGAUGAACCUAUUUUUGAGACAAACAUUCCUAAUGAACAUUACAUAAGAGAUAGCAAUGGGAGAAUAUUAUUAAGACAUUCAUUCCUAACAAGCAUUUUCCGAGAAAUUACUGAACAACACGGACCAUCAAAUGCUGUCUCCGGGGUAAAUGGAUACUGCGACAAUGACAUUGUUUUUGCUUUCCCUUGUAAUUCAUGGCCACAAUCAACAUCACAUUUUCUAGAAAGAGCUGCUGUUAUGAGGUGGUUAUCAUCUGAAAGUAUCAGAUAUGCUGGUAGCUAUGAUUGUUUUGUUGUUGGUGCCUGUAGCAAAAUUGCUGCUUAUCCAGAAUUAGAGUGGAGACUAUCUACUUCUCUACCAGAGAGAUGUUUGAUGUUCAAUCUAAAUAUUACGCAAUUACAAUGCUAUGUUUUAAUGAAAAUAUUUUUGAAAACUUUUUUGAAUGCACAAAAUGUGAGUGCCCUUUCAACUUUUAUGUGUAAAACCGUUUUAUUACAUUGUAUUGAAAAUACAGAACAAAACAUAUGGAAAAGGGACAAUCUUUUUACAUGUUUAUCUUACUGCUUGCUAGAACUCCAUAGCCAUGUUCAAAAUGAAAAUUGCCCGCAUUUCAUUAUUUCUGAUAACAACUUAAUGGCCGGACAAUUUACAGCUGACGAGAAGCGAGACGUUUUAAAGAAAUUAUGUUACAUAAUAGAGAGCGAUGAUAGAUGUUUACUUCAAAUAAAGAUGGAUAGUAUAAGCCAGAGACUACAGGUCAAGCUAAGUACAUUUGUUCAUCUUACAUACAACAUUCCAACCUCACUUGAGAUACACGAAGAAUGUUUGUCUGAACUUUUCAUCGGUCUAAUGAAGGAGAUAAGCGGGGGAAUAUUAACGCUAAUAAAUAACUUGUCAAAUGAUCAUAUAUGUUAUCUUAAGCAAAUUAUCUUAAAGCUCACAUACUACAGUACAAGCGAAAAUAGAAUGGAACAGCUUGUAAGUCGUUAUCUGGUUCCAUUUUUAUAUUCAACACUAGGCCUUAUAAUGGCGUCAUCAAGUAUUGAACAGAAUAAUACAGUUCAAUAUGAAGCACUUCAGUGGCUUACAUUGGGUUUGAACUCAGAUGUUACAUCUGGCAGAUUAAAACUAGCUUCAAUGUUCUACAGUGUAGGUGAUAUGGAUAGAGCAGAGUUCAUUCUGAGACAAACUGAAAGUCGAUAUAACUCUACUGUUGUUGAACCUGUAUGUGCCUGCUGGCCUCAUCCACUGUCAAGUCGGUCUGCUGAAUUUAUGAGAAAAUGCGAUGAAUUAAGAGAAAAUUGCAUCAACAGUAUCGCAUCAUGUUGUGUAAAAUUCACGCAGAAAGAAGUAAAUUGUGUGCCUCGAGAAUUACGGUAUGAAUUGAUGAGAUCUACACGAGAUGAUACGGCACACAGAAGUCCAUAUGAAAGGUACUGGAUGGAUUAUGCUGUUGUUGAUUCCCUCCCUUUUCUCUACUUUUUACAGUACAAGACAUACAGUUAUCUACAAAGACAUCAGGAUCAACAACGGGCACUUAGUAACCUUGUGAAGGUUAUAUUUACAGGAAGAAACUUUGGUCACAGGGAGACAGCUCUCAACCUUCUCGGUCAAUGUAUGGAACAAGAGGACAAACCAAGGGAAGCAUUACAGUGCUAUAUGCUUUCCCUUCAACAAAGAGAACGAAACAAUGCGGCAAAGUUUCAUAUUUGCAAUUUACUUAGAAAGUAUGCUUCAAACAUGUAGACGUUCAAAGUUCCCUCUACGGGUAAAACUGACAAAGUUUGAGUUAAACGUUAGAAACUUUGUUAAAUUGUGUACUUAACCAAAAUGUUGUCUCUUGUUAGUUUGCCACAAACAUUCAGUAAAUUUGCAGUUAUAUUUUCGUAUUAUAUAAUGCCGUGUUAACAAACAAACCAAAGUUGUAUUGUGAUCAUAUCAUUAUAAUUAACAUCACAUUUGUUAAGUUCAUGUAAAUAUGAUAUAAUUUAUCCAAGGCUAAAAUCAUUGAUGAAAAUACAAUUUAUUUACGAUGUGUCCGCUGUUUUGAUUUAAGUUUAUUGUUGGCUGCAAUAAAACUAAUAUAAACUAAUAGAGAGUUUCCA